GAAACACGAAGGAACCGGGCUCAAGGGCUUGAAGACCGGUUUUGUUUGUACAUAUAUACAUAUGUAUGCAUCUGUCAGCACCGUACCUUGAAACUCACUGACUCUGAAGCACCAUGCAAUGUCAGUGCCGGUAGUGAUAAUGUGUUCGUGCCUCCAAAAAAAAAAAGCUCUUGUAAGAGCCCUCAGGUACAAAUCUGCGAUAACGAUAGCCUUCAUCCUGACAGCAGGAUUUUUGAUGAGUUUAGAGAUGGAAGUUCGAACAAUAGUCAACAUGUACCAAAACCUGGAAAUGUAUUCGAUGUAGCAGUACCAAAUGCUUUCCCCAAGCUCUGAUGACGCCAACCCCAGGACAA